GGGCGUGGCAGGCAGCAGUAAUAGAAGGAGUGAAGGUGCUAAUGCCAUCUUGGGAAAGGCGUUUGGGUCUCGCUAUGUGGAGCUCGCCUCAAUUGUUGCAGGCGGUCGGGAGGAGCGGGACCUGUGGUCGCAGGGAGCUGGACCUCUACCCCUACGUCUUCUGCAUCGACAUCCUCGCCUUCUUCUACGUGGGGCUCUUCUACCAGUCUGCAGUGCGCGACAGGUCGCCCUUUGAGGAGGUCAUUCACACAGGCGACCAGUUCCCCUACACCUAUGUGGCCGUGCUCAUGACCCAGUUUUUCCUGAUAGUGAUCAACCGGAUUCUCUACCUGGUGUUCAGCGGCCCCCUGCGCGUGCUCUACCACCUGGCCUCCCUCCUCCUACACCUCGGCUACCCCAUGCUGCUCUUCUGGAACGCCAACCUCAUCGCCUCGCACAACACCAUCCGGGCCUACCUGGCGAUCAAAUCCAUCUCCCUCGCGCUCUCAGCGCUCCAGCUGAAGUACGGGCCGCCUGGGCCGGCGUCGAAGGCCUCGCCGUUCCUGACCCGGAGGGCGACGUGGCUGCGGUGGCAGCUGUUUAGAGUGUAUCGCAUGCUGCCGUUCUUGUACGAGCUGCACUUGAUUCUGGACUGGUGGUGCACCAAGACAUCCCUGCCUCUAUACGAUUGGCUCAAGAUGGAGGACAUAUACGCCAGCCUGUACCUCGUGACGUGUGACAGGAAGAUAGCGCGAGCAGGGCACCGGCCGGGGCAGCCGCAGGGGUGGGUGGUGAAGCUGAUGGGGGGAGCCUUCUUCUUCCUCGCUAUAGUCACAGCCAUCUGGGCGCCCAUGCUGAUCUACAGCAGCGGCAACCCAGCCAACUACCCCAACCUGGUGACAGAUGUGCGAAUGAAUCUAGUCCUCCAGACAUGCUCCGGCUCCUUCCCCAUCUUUGAGGGUGGCCAGGAGCGCCUGCUGCUCGACCCCCUGCUCAACCCCGGCCCUGCCACACCCUUUGAGCUGAGAGACGCAGCAGAAAGGAUGCCCUACACAGGGGAUUUGUCAACAUUCAGUGGAAACUUCAUGGAAUAUUCAGGGGUGGACGCUGAUCUGGAUGCUGAGGUGGAUGCUGAGGUGGAUGGUGAGGUGGCAGCUGAGGAAGCUUCUCAAGACGCUGCUCGGCCUGUGCUGGAAGGUUCCUGGAAUCAGGGCUCCUUCAGGGAUGAAGGUCGCUCGCUUGCUGAAAUGGAGCAUCCUUAUACUGAAGCGCCUUAUACUGCAACUGAAUCGCUCCAUAAAGAGUCGCUUUCGCAACAGGAUUCUGUGCUUGUACCCCUUACAAACAUCCCACAGAUGUCACGAAGCAGCAACCAUCUUGGUACAGCUGAUCCCAUGGUGCAACCUCCUCUUCCUCCCCCCUCUCCUCCUCUCCCUCCCUCCUCUCCUCCUCUCCCUACGCCCUCUCCUGCUCUCGCUCCCCCCUCUCCUCCCCUCGCCCCCCCUCGCCUCCCCUCCCUCCCCUCUCUCCUCCUCCCCCUCCCCCCUCUCCUCCUCGCCCACCUCGCCCCCCUUCUUGGAACGUCUCAGACGAUCCUGUGCUGAAUUCCACGGGGUAUUUACCCGUCGAUAUGCGCCUGGUGUGCGUUUACCCCGACUCUUUAUCCCUGUUUCAACUGACGCCCCCUGCUGAGAGCAGGCUAAGAGAAGCACUUAGGAGAGCCGCCACAGGAGGGGGGGGAAGGAGAGGACAGACGGCUAGAGGUUUUGGAGGAGGGAGGAGACGAGCUCUGCCACAGUCACAUUUCUUAAAGCCACACCAAACAAAUUCCUAUCCUUAUCACCCAGCUAAGUACUCUCUCCCAUUCAUCCCCAAAGCCUCCCUCCGUCGCUCCCUCCAAGCCACUUUCCGAACCUCUGUCCAAACUUCCUCCCAAACCUCCUUACAAGCCUCUUCCCGAGCCUCUCUCUCCGGUCCGUGCCCCCCAGCAUGCCCCCCAGACCCCUGUGCGCCGAGCCUCAUAGUCCAGUGGUGGUUCACCCGCCCGCGCCCCAUCCGACUGGAAGUAGCAGCGUGGGAGGAGGAGUAUUCCGGUCUGCCCCCAGCACUUCUUGCUGAAGGCUUACUAAAAAUGCUGGAGGGAAAGAAAGCGGCAGCUGAUGGAGCCAUUGAUGCCGAUACUGGAGGCUCGACGGGCCUGCUGCUGCCAGAGCUCUAUCCGCUCUACUGGAAGCUCCCUGGGUUCGGCAAAGCCAGAGAGCUAGAAGCUGCCAAGGUCCGUUCUGCCUGCUGCCUUCAACUGCAAGAUGACGCCUCUGGCACCAGCAGCAGUGGUGGGAGUGCCAGCAGCAGUCGCUGGUGGGUGCUGCACUGUGCUCCUCUUCCCUCUGAUGCCACUGGUACUCUCGGUGUGUGCUCCUACAACACAUCCACCAACGCCUCUCUCUCUCACGGAAGCACUGGUGGGGGCAGCAGCAGCAGCAGCGGAUGGGGGUGGGGCAGCAGAAGGGGGGAAGCAGGAGAGGAACCACAAGGAGGGGGAGAAAUUGGGGGUGUUGCAAUGAGGGGGAGGGGAUCGGGAGACAGUGGGGGAGUGAAGGCAUUGGAAGCGUGUGGAGAGGCGUCAGGGCCUGCUGCGAUCACAGUGUCGGAAGAAGUGCCGGCUGGCGUUCUAGGCGAGGCGCUGCAGACGUUCAGCAUAACAGGCCUCUACGUCACCUUCGUGCUGGCACUCGGGCGGCUCAUUCGCUCCCAGAGCUCUGAUCUGAGGCUCAAAAUACCCUACGAGAAUCUUCCCUCCUGUGAAAGGUUGAUGGCCAUAUGUGAAGAUUUAUACGCCGCCCGAGCAGAGGGGGAGCUGGAGUUGGAAGAGGGGCUUUAUUGGACUCUGAUAAAGAUUUAUCGUUCGCCACACGUGCUCCUUGAGUACACAAAAGGCGACAAAGCCGAUUGAACAUGAUGACGCCAGCGUGAUAUUACCAAGACAAAAGAUUGUUGUUUCAUGGUCGUAAAUGUCAAGAGACGCUGGGGUUGCCCUUGAGAUCCUCGGAGAAGGGUCACUGGUGCAGUGCAGAGCCUGGGGGAUUAUGGGCGCACUUUGUUAGAUUGUCGAGAGAAUGAUGGACUAAGGGAAAACGUCGAGGGUUACAACAUAGGGCUGUACUAGGGCCUCAGAUUGGUUUUGAGGUAGGUACCCUGAUUGCUCAGGGUCCCCCCUCCCAUGUUUCGCCUGAUUUUUUCAGGGCUCCCCAAAAAAAAAAACCGCUGAGUAAUCAGGGUUACUUCAGAAUAUCACGCUGAUGUUACGAAAUUGGG